CGUGGAGGAUUGUUUAAAUCUGCUAAAACGAGUCUCUCGUGUUAAACAUGAACUUCAAUAACUCUGAUGUAGAUUCUGAACAGCCAAAAAUUGUAAAUUAAAAUUUUGGCUUCAAGUCUUUUCAGGGCAACAUGUCAGACCAAGAUUGUGUUCGUGUGUGACACAACCGACAUUUGGUUGAGAGAGACCUUUCAGCAAUUUUGGAACCGCCACGUUUGAGUGAAACUUUGAGUGGACUUGAAAAAGAGAAACUGGUGAACAACUUUGAACUAUUACUUUAACACGUGCAUAGGCAAAGUUAAAUCAGCAAGUCAAAGAACAUGUAAACAAGAUCUCACUGACUGGUCUUUGAUGCUGUGUAAAGAAGUAUUAUAGUUGGAUACAGAGAUAAUAUGAAAAAGUAAUUAAGUCAAUGAAGAACACUUAUUAACUUUCUACCCAUAACUAACUAUCAUAACAGCAGGAGAUCCUCUACCACCUCACUGUCUGCAGGGCUCAAGGCACUACCGCACCACCAUUGUUGGCCUUUCUCUGUCCCUCCCAAAUAUUUGAGUCCCUCCCUUCUCUGACUUCAGGAAACCGAAACAAAAGCAGAAAUAAAACCAAACUUCUGACAGCCGCCCCCCUUUUCUCCACUCAUCCAUGGCGGAGCCUCGUAUCACCCUGAAGACCAGCCGCCUUUGCUGUCCAGUCUGCGGCGAGCUUCUCAGGAAUCCCGCAACUAUUUCUUGCGGGCACAGCUUCUGCACGCGGUGCAUCCACAACCGCUUGGAUCGUGACGAGAGGAAGUACCGCGCCUGCAGCUGCCCUGAAUGCGGUCACAAGUUUCCCUCCAGACCCGAGCCGAUCAAGAACACCGCUUUGGCCGACUUGGUGAGGGACAUGGAGAGGCGUGGUGCCAAGAGGAAAGACUCGGGCCCGUCCAUGCAGACCCCGAAGAGAGCAGGCUUGCGCUGUAUGGAGACCGGCACUUCAUCAGGAAGUAAUCUGUGCGUGAGUCACAGCAGGCCUCUGGAUAUUUACUGCUGCACGGACGAGCAGAUCAUAUGUGCGCUGUGUGCUUCAGCUGAGCACACGGGACACACAAUUGGGUCUGUGGGAGAGGAAAGGAGGAGGAAACAGACGGAGCUGAGGGACAUACAAACAAAAUCCAAGCGGAUUCUCCAGGAACAAGAAAAGAAAUGUAAGAACAUGGUGAAGAAUCUCAAACUGAUUCAGGAGGAGGAGGGAAGAGAGACACAGGACUACUGUGAAACCGUCUUGGCCGGCAUCAUUGACUCCCUCCAGAGACAUUACAUGUCCGUGAGGGAGCUGAUCAGAGGACAUGAGAAGGAGGCAGCAGCUCAGGUCCAGAGCUCCCUGCAGACCCUGCAGGUGAAGAUGGAGGAAAUGAAGAAGAGAGAUGCUGAGCUGGAUCGUCUGGCACAGACUGACAGCGAUGUUCAUUUCUUGCAGGGCUGGUCCUCAAUGCAGCGCCUCUGUAAGAAAGACCAUCUCCAUCAUCUCCACGAGGACUCGGAGGAUCCUCUUCUCCCCUUUGAGUUUACAAAGAGAGCCGUCAAUCAGCUCGGGAAGCAACUGGAGGAAUUUUGCGACAGAAAAUUUGCAUCCCUCUCUCAAACUGCUGACGGGGGAGAGCAGCAGGAAUCAGAAGAAGAGUCAGAGGAGGACGACAUGCAGCAAAGAUGUGAAGCCAGUAACACACAGUCCCAUGGUCUCUCUGGAGUUAACAUGACUGAACACAACGUGGAGCCUAAAACCAGAGCAGAGUUCCUGCAGUAUGCCUGUUGCCUCAGCCUGGACCCCACCACGGCUCAUGAGGACCUGGUUAUUUCUGCAGGAGACAAAGAAGUGAGGCUGAACCCUUCCGAGUUUAAGAGCCAAGCUGUUCGUUACCCGCAGAGAUUCAUCCACCGACGGCAGGUGCUGUGCCGGGAGGGACUGCAGGCCGAGCGCUGCUACUAUGAGAUCGAGGUGGAAGGAGACAAGGCUGAGAUCGCCCUCGCCUACAAAGGAAUAGACAGAAAAUCUUUCACCCAACGAUCAGCUUUUGGGGCCAAUGCAAAUUCCUGGAGCCUUGAUCGCGCCGCAAACUACUCUGUGAGCCACAGAGCUGACAGCAUCCAGCUCAAAACAUGCCCCAGUCAACGCAGGCUCGGCGUUUAUCUGAACUUUAAAGAGGGAGCUCUGUCAUUCUACGAGGUGUCAGACAGAAUGAUGUUUCUUUACAAGGUUGAUGCUGAAUUCACAGAGCCUCUGUAUCCGGGCUUCUGGCUCGGACAGAAAUGUUGCAUCAGUAUCUGUGAUUUGACACCGGACGGACUGUGACCUAUACCUGAGAGGUUCGUAGAAAGGCUGGGGUUUGAAGCUUUGUUGUCUUCGUAUGGGGAGCCACAUCUUGACAGAUAGUUAGGUUGAUGAAAUGGGACAAAAUGACAAAUUUGUGGACAUUGGAAGUAACAGAAAUGCAAUGGAAAGUGAAGAACGUAACCGCCCUCAUACAAAAUCUCAUUGUGCUUUUUUAUAAGUAAAUAACUAAAAUGAAUUUAAAGUAAAUCUCAGUUUUAUAAGCGCCCCCUGGGAUUACCUCAAGGACCUCUGCAGGACCCGAUUUGGGACCACCGUCUUAGAGUUUUAAUGUAUUACUUGAACAAUCGGCUUGUUCUCGAUAAUCAAACUGAACAGAUUAAUUAACAAACGCAGCAUUCUCUUACACGUUGAACAUCAUACUGUUUUUAACUUGAUAUUAUUUUCAUGUCUGCAUGCUGUUGUUUUUUAAACAAUAAGAAAUGUAGGUGAUAUAUAUAUAUAUAUAUAUAUAUAUAUAUAUAUAUACGAUUAAAAUAUAAAUGUAACCAAAGGAAUGUAACCCAUGGGUUUCUGCCUUUGAAGAUUUGCUGGCCUUCCUGUGCAUGCAGGUGGCCGAUUCUAUUUUUAGACACGCACGCCUGCUGCUGCAGCUGCUGCAGCAGCUGCACACAUACAUACACUUGUUAAACCUCAUCCGGUACAUACUUAGAGUGACAUUAAAACAAUACCAUAUUUACCUAACAUAACAUAUUGAUAUCGGUAUGAAAUUUAGGAUGCCAGGUCUAGUCCUCUUGUAGAGUAAAACGCCAUAAAAGACGAAUUUGUAAAAACCUAUUUUGUUGUAUUUGACCUUUGGCCCACCUCCCACAUAGACAUCCACAGAUACACACAUCCAAACCCACACACAUGUAUUAAUCUUUUUCUCAUUUAUCUUGCUUAAAUAUAUCCGAUUAUUGCAUUAAUUAGGGUCGUGAUUCUACUCGCUUGGUAGAGUAGAUGGCCUUGCAAAAGAGUACAUAUAUUUGAAAGAUUACUCUGUUAUUUAACCUUAUGCUUUGCCUAUGUGACCGAGGAUGUUAAUGUUUCAACCAAAUGACCAAACUUAUCUACACAGCUUGUCGACAAAAUACCCUCGUGAAUUAUUGUUAACUUUUGGUUUGUUUUCCACCUGUGAGCAAUGUGCCAUAUGUCCUGAGUUCAUGCAGAGUUUAUGGAGUUCACGUGGCUAGACCCGUGAGUUUGUCCCUCAGCGGCAAUAAAUAGAGAUGCUUCUACAGCAUCGAAGCGUUUUAUAUAUAUAUAUUGUAUAAAGUGUUGUUAAACAAGAGCCAGCCAUUGUUGUGGUUUAUUUUCAAUGUCGAUGAUCAGCUUCUUUGACUUUAUGACUUAUAUUAAAGCUCAAUACCUAACAGCUGGCUUAAUAACUGGUUGCUAUCUGACUCGUGGUGAGAUACCACAGAAUUCGCACUAAGAGGAACUCAGUAACGAACACCCACAGAACACAAGACAGAUUGGAGUUUCUUCAGUUCACGCACGUUUGUCAUGGAGACGGUUUAACAACUUAAAUACUUACAUUGAUCAUUUCGGUUCGUGCGUUGUUUCAUCAGCUGAAUCAGUUCCAGGCUUCGUACUAUUCAAUAUAUCACUGUGAAGCUGUUAACCUCCUGGCCUGAACUAGACAUCUGGCCUCGCACUCAGACAUCCUGUUUCUUAUGCGACACUGCGUAGGCGAUACUGCUACAGGCCUUGACGGGAACUUACAUGAUUUUAAUGAGCGUGAAGUACAUACAAAAUGUGACCGUACAUAACUUUAUGACUGUGAGACUGUGAAGAUACAUGACUUAAUUCCACACAAUGAAUAUGAUUGUAGAUGUAAACAUUUUUCUCCCACACCAUGCUGGCAGCAGUGCGAGUCUGUUCUUAGGUACUAAUGUCAGCAUGCUCACUCGCUCAUAACAAUGCAAACAUGCUGAUGUUAAGCCGGUAUAAUGUUUACUAUCUUAGUUGAACUAAUUAGCUUCAUAACAUUUCUGACAAUGUCACAUUCCCAACGUAAACUUGUUUUUUUAAUCCUCAACACAGUUUUGACUACAUUUCAAAGCAGUAAAACAAAAUCCGACAGCAGCUUGUCCACACUUUAUUAUUAAUAUUUUUUACAAUAAUUGUCAAUAUGAUACAAUCAUAUGAUGACUGAGGAAAGAGAGACAGAGAAAUUUAAAGAGACAUUUAUAAACGUGUCUCCUGUACAGGCAGUGCUUGAAACGUGUGCUCAGUUAGGUCCUGCACCCACAGGUAAAAGAAGGAAUCUACACACAUACACAUAUAUAUAUAGUUCACACUCACACACACACACACACACACACACACACAUUUACUAUAU